CUGCAUACGAUCCUUCCUGGUCACUGGUCGCACUGACUCUUCACACAAGUUUACCAUCCAGUAGUGAUAUAAAGCGACCUGAGUCACAGCCAGGAUCCGUCCGAGCUGCGCCGCUGCAGAGUAUCUUGUUUUAGAUCAUGUCUAAGAAGGGAGGAACCCACAGGACGGAGGGCGAGGGGCUGGUAGAGGCGUCCAUCAUCCGGAUCCCGCCUCACCACUACAUCCACGUGUUGGACCAGAACACCAACAUCGCCCGCGUUGAGAUCGGACCGCUCACCUACAUCCGCCAGGACAAUGAAAGAGUGCUCUUCACUCCGGAGCGUAUGAUCAUGGUGCCGCCACGCCACUACUGCGUGGUCGCCAACCCUGUGGCCCGGGAUGAUAAUGGUCAGGUCCUCUUUGACCAAUCCGGUCAGGCCAAACUCCGCCACGCUGACCUGGAGAUCCGUCUGACCCAGGAUCCGUUCCCGCUGUACCCCGGAGAGGAGAUCCAGCAGGUUGUGACGCCGCUGCAGAUCGUGUAUCCAGACACGGCGUUGCGUCUGCAGGCGCUGCUGGACUUCAAGGAGGAGGGAGGAGAGAAGAGAGUUGCUGGAGACGAGUGGCUGUUUGAAGGACCGGGAACCUACAUCCCGAGGAAGGAGGUGGCGGUUCUGGAGACCAUCAAAGCCACAGUGAUCAGAGAGAACCAGGCCAUCCGACUGAGGGCUCGCAAGGAAGGGUUGGACCGUGGAGGCAUCCGCAAAGUCACAGGUGAGGAGUGGCUGGUCAGUAAGGUGGGAGCUUACCUUCCAGGUGCCCAUGAGGAGGUCAUCGACAUUGUUAACGCAUUCAUCCUGACUGACAAGAAAGCGCUCCAUGUUCGUGCUCUGCGGCCGUUUAAAGACGCCGGCGGGCGGGACCGGCGCACGGGGGAGGAGUGGCUGGUCACCAUGGUGGACCGGGAGGCUCACAUCCCAUCUGUGGCCGAGGAGGUGGUGUGCGUGGUGGAUGUGACCACUCUGAGCAGCCGGCAGUACUGCGUGAUCCUCGACCCGGUCGGACACGACGGGAAACCUCAGCUGGGCCAGAAGAGGGUGGUGAAGGGUGAGCGCUCAUUUUUCCUGCAGCCAGGUGAGCUCCUUGAACGCGGCAUCCAGGACGUGUACGUGCUGUCGGAGGAGGAAGGACUGGUGCUGAAAGCUGUGGAGGCGUUCAACGACACCGAGGAGAGCACGGAGGAAGAGGAGGCAGAGGAGGAGGAGGAGCUGCAGGAGAGGGCCAAGCGUUUGCGGAGGAGCGGCGUCCUCCGUCGCCCUGGAGACCGAUGGAUGCUGCGAGGCCCCAUCGAGUACGUCCCCCCUGCAGCGGUGGAGGUGAUGGUGCGGCGGCAGGCCAUCCCGCUGGACGAGAACGAGGGAAUCUACGUACGGGACAUCAAAACUGGAAAGGUGCGUGCAGUCAUCGGUCACACCUACAUGCUGACUCAGGACGAGGAGCUGUGGCAGAAGGAACUUCCCGCUAACGUGGAAGCGCUGGUGGCUUCUACUCUCGACCCGCUGGCCGACCGCUCGGACCGGACCAGAACCGGCGAGGGCGGGCAGAGGGACAAGACCAAGGUGGUGUCCUACAGGGUCCCCCACAACGCUGCCGUCCAGGUGUACGACUACAGAGAGAAGAAGGCCAGGGUGGUGUUUGGACCGGAGAUGGUGAUGCUGGGACCCGACGAGCAGUUCACCGUGCUGUCGCUGUCCGGGGACAAACCCAAGAGGGCCAACGUCAUCAAGGCCAUCUGCCUCCUGCUGGGACCCGACUUCUUCACUGACAUCAUCACCAUCGAGACGGCCGACCACGCCCGACUGCAGCUGCAGCUCUCCUACAACUGGCACUUUGAUCUGAAGUCUCCAGCAGACACCGCUGAGGCAGCAGCUCUGUUUUCAGUUCCUGACUUUGUGGGAGACGCCUGUAAAGCCAUCGCCUCCCGGGUCAGAGGAGCCGUGGCCUCCGUGCAGUUUGACGAUUUCCACAAGAACUCCAACCGGAUCAUCUGCUCGUCUGUGUUUGGCUUCGAUGAGAAGCUGGCGGUUCGUCCCAGCCUCCGCUUCGGCCAGAACCAGCUGUUGAUCAGCAGCGUGGACAUCCAGUCUGUGGAGCCCGUCGACCAGAGGACACGAGACGCCCUGCAGAAGAGCGUCCAGCUGGCCAUCGAGAUCACCACCAACUCCCAGGAGGCUGCCGCACGACACGAGGCGGAGCGUCUGGAGCAGGAGGCUCGGGGGAAGCUGGAGAGGCAGAGGAUCACCGACCAGGCCGAGGCUGAGAGAGCCAGGAAGGAGCUGCUGGAGCUGGAGGCCCUCAGUGCUGCGGUGGAGAGCACAGGAGCGGCGAAGGCUGAGGCUCAGUCGCGGGCGGAGGCGGCUCGUAUUCAAGGCGAGGCGGCGGUCAAUGAGGCCAAACUGAAAGCUGAGGCUCAGAGGAUCGAGGCGGAGGCGGAGCUUCAGCGGCUGUCGAAGGCUCGUGAGCAGGAGCUGAGCUACAAGAAGGAGAUGGACCGUCUGGAAGUGGAGAAGCAGGAGCGUCUGGCUCAGAUCGAGAGUCAGCGCUUCAGUCAGCUGGUGGAGAGUCUAGGCAGCGACACGUUGAAGGAGAUGGCCAGAGCCGGGCCCGAGCUGCAGGUUAAAAUGCUGCAGGCUCUGGGACUGAAGUCGACCCUCAUCACAGACGGAUCAUCACCCAUCAACCUGUUCGCUACAGCCAACGGCCUGCUGGGGGCGCUGCAGGGCCAGGGGGGCCAGGGGGGUCAGGGGGGUCAGGGGGGUCAGGGGGGACAGGGUCAGUGAGGAAGAGGAGCAAGAGGAACAGAUGGUAAAAAUGUCCAAAAGUAAACCUCAACAGAUCGUUUAUCACCACUUUGAAACCAUCUCAGUCUGUAGUUGUAUAAACCGAUGAAGAAACUCUGCAAGUAAUGUACGUUUGUGAAUGUGUAGAAAACGUUCUGACACUUUCACUAACUUGAAUCUGUCAUCCAGAGUUCAUGUGCAUGUUUACAGAGGCUGACGUAUGAGCAUCUUAAUGACCUUUAUUUAAUCCCAUAGAGCUCUUAAGAGUGAUACCUCCUGCCUGUCAACACCACACGGGAAAGCUGUGUUGAUUCUUUACACAUUUAAACUCUGAAUCUUCAUCCAUUAAAAACUCAAAUCAACCCAACUGACAAAAAGCAUCUUCAUCCUUUUCACAUCUUGUUUUUGCUGACCUCCAGAUGUUUGAGUUUAAGCUGCCUUUUAAUCUCUUCACAGAAAAUGACAUUCUGAGAUUUACUUUUGGACAGACAAGCGCAAUGAAGACACGCUUUAUCUGUUUUUUUCUUUUCUAAACUGAAUCUGUGCUGCAACUGAUGAAAAUGUGCCUACAAACCAGUCGACAGUUUGUUUAGUUUUGUGAUCCGACAGCCAAAGAAUUCUGUUUCUGCUUUUUUUCACUGUGUGUCCACUAGAAAUAGAAACAAACUGUUCUGCUGAUGUUUACAUAUGCAAUAUUUCUGUUUCUGUGCAGUUGGAAUGAAAUAAAAAAAAUGGGACUG